UGGCUCCGGAGGAGCAAGCCAAAGAUAAACACGUAGCCAGACGAGCUGCAGCAGGGCGAGGAGAAUAAAUCCGGAGAGAGAGAGAGGCGGCUGCGAAAGCAACGAAAAUGGAGUAGCUGUGAACAACAUAGAGAAUAUUUAGCAGGAAAGGGGACGGUCCGUGAGAUUAACGAAGCACCGAGAGUCUUCCGCCGACAUCGAGGCGUAUCUGUAGCUGAAUCCAAAAAUGGUACGAGCAGCGUUGGUGACUGCCACCAGUCUGGCUUUGACUGGGGCUGUGGUGGCGCAUGCUUACCUCCUCAAACACCAGUUCUACCCGACUGUGGUCUACCUCACCAAGAGCAGCCCCAGCAUGGCGGUGUUGUACAUUCAGGCGUUUGUGUUGGUGUUUCUGCUGGGAAAGUUCAUGAGGAAGGUCUUUUUUGGACAGCUAAGAGCUGCAGAAAUGGAGCAUCUCAUUGAACGCUCCUGGUACGCAGUGACGGAGACGUGCCUGGCUUUCACUGUGUUCAGAGAUGACUUCUCCCCCCGCUUUGUCGCCCUCUUCACCCUCCUGCUCUUCCUUAAGUGCUUCCACUGGCUGGCUGAGGACCGUGUAGACUUUAUGGAACGGAGUCCAAACAUAUCUUGGCUUUUUCACAUGAGAGUGUUAUCUCUCAUGGGACUCCUGGGUGUCCUGGACUUCCUGUUUGUUAACCAUGCCUGUCACAGCAUCAUUACCCGAGGAGCCUCGGUCCAGCUCGUUUUUGGAUUUGAGUAUGCCAUCCUGCUGACCAUGGUGCUGACGACCUUCAUUAAAUACCUUCUGCACACGAUCGACCUGCAGAGUGAGAAUCCGUGGGACAACAAGGCGGUUUAUAUGCUCUACACUGAGCUCUUCACAGGUUUCAUCAAAGUGCUCCUGUACAUCGCCUUCAUGACCAUCAUGAUAAAGGUCCACACCUUCCCCCUGUUUGCCAUUCGGCCCAUGUAUCUGGCUAUGAGGCAGUUCAAGAAAGCUGUGACGGAUGCUAUAAUGUCUCGGAGAGCCAUCCGCAACAUGAAUACGCUAUACCCCGAUGCUACUCCUGAAGACCUGCAGGCCUCUGACAACGUCUGCAUCAUCUGUCGAGAGGAAAUGGUCACUGGAGCCAAGAAACUGCCGUGUAAUCACAUUUUCCACUCCAGCUGUCUGCGUUCCUGGUUCCAGAGGCAACAGACUUGUCCUACCUGUCGCAUGGACGUCCUUCGGGCGUCUAAUAACAAUCAGACUCCAGCACCGGCGCAGGCACCGCCCCCUGCUCCGGCAGCCCCCGCCAACGCUCCUGCAGCCCCACCGGCCAAUGUGGCUCCAGGCAUGUUACCUGGCUUUCCUCCCGGCAUCUUCCCAUUCUGGGGUCCCUUCCCUGCAGUGCCUCCUCCCCCUGCUGCAGCAGUGGCAGCUCCCGGCGGUACAGACGCUCCACAAAGCAGCACAGAGGCUACACAGACGGCUGCUUCCAGCCAGCCCACCUCGUCGACUGCAGACGCCGCUGCAGCCGCUCCAGGAACAGGACUCCCAGGUUUCCCCUUCUCCUUCCCUCCUCCACCCUUCCCCACUGCACCAUGGCUGCCCAUGCCACCACCUCCUCCCUUCGUGUCAUCGAUGCCUCCUCCUCCUCCGUCUCUGUCCCGGCUGUCAGAGGAGGAGCUGAGGGAGCUGGAGGCAGAAGGCCGACGGGGCCUCGAGGCCCGGCUCCAGUGUCUGCAGAACAUUCACACCCUGCUGGACGCCGCCAUGCUCAACAUCCACCACUACCUCAGCACCGUCGCCACACUUGCUCCUCCUCGGGCUGAGGCCAGUGGGACAAACCACACUGCUUCAUCUGCUGCGGCUGGCAGCAGCACGGACAGCGCCAGCCAGGCGACGGACUCUGCCAGCUCUGAGCAGGCUACAGUCUCCUCUCAGCCAGCCGACUCUACAUCUGCUGCCUCGGACACGGAAAGACAAGAGCUGCCUGACGAAGGAGUGGUGGUCGGGGAGGAAGACGGAGAGCCCAACGCUGCUGAGCUGAGGCGCCGUCGCCUUCGUAAGCUAGAGACGGCGACAACAUCAUCUUCAUCAUCUUCACCCCCGCCAGACAACUGAUCCAUGCGUUCUGACUCAGACAUAUAGCUCUGGACCAACGGGAACUCUGAGCUGAUAAAUUGUUGCUUCGGUUCCUCAUUGCCUCUCGUCUUCGUGGCUCUCGCCUUCCACAGGCUCAGGUUUUCGAACUGUGUCGAGUUGGACUCAGGCUACCGGGAGAUGCAAUGAUCUUUACCGCUUAUCUGGACUGUUUCUGUGUCAGAAAGCAAUAGCACGGCUUCUUCUUUCUGUUUUUUUUUCUCCCCCCUACCUCCCCCAAGAAUGACUACUGCAAUAAGAGUACUGCAGGUGUUUAGGUGUUCGUAAGUUUAAUCAGACUGAGGAGGAAUUCUCAAUUCAAACACACUUUAUUUGGUCAAUGUGAGACAGACGGUGUGUGGAUUUGUGUUUAGUAGUUUUACUGUCGGUGAGGUCUUUGCCUGCACUUUGAUUUUCGUUUAAUUUCAGCUUCAGUGUAAAGGUGAUCCCACUCACCGCGUCAACAUGUUACACGGCACCUGGAUCCGGCAAAUUCAAAUCAAGGGGGAGCCGAUCGACUGCUCUGGCUUUGGCUUUUCUUUUUUUCUUUAACGUUCAUCACCCUUCUGUUGCCACCGCAGACGUUGUAACAUACUGAUUUAUUUGAAUGUGUACAUACUGUAUAAAGAGUUUUAAUAGGAUGAUCUGUACAUAAUGCAGAAUAAACCGUUCCACUGAAACGGCAGCGGCACAACGCGUGUUUGCGUGAACAUCAUUCAAAUAAAGCAAAUGAGAUGAA